AGUCUGAUUGUAACAUCUAUGCAAACAGUUUCUGAAGUCUUUUGUUGAUGGUUACCUGAGUUUAUUGUAUGAACACGUUUUUUCGUUCCUAUUCCGAUAGUGAUGAUUAGUGUGUGAAGCUGGCAACCCAUAUGGCAUUGGGGUUGAGUGCCGGGCUCAGCGGGCCUGGAUCGGGAGGUCAUUCAGAAACUUCUUCUUCUCCAGGUAUUAGUGUUCCCAUACCGGUUGUACCCGCUCCUAUAAUACCCAAUCCGAUGUUCGCUUUGCCUACUUUAAAUUUUACGGUAUCUCAAGUAGCCGCCGUAUGUGAAACUUUGGAAGAAAGUGGUGAUAUAGAAAGACUCGCGAGAUUUUUGUGGUCGCUUCCAGUAGCCCACCCCAAUAUUAGUGAACUUAAUAAAAACGAAGCUGUGCUACGGGCCAGAGCCAUCGUGUCCUUUCACAGUGGAAAUUUUCGAGAACUUUAUACCAUAUUAGAAUCCCAUAAAUUUACCAAAGGUUCUCAUAUGAAACUUCAAGCCAUGUGGUUGGAGGCGCAUUACCAAGAAGCGGAAAAAUUGCGUGGUAGAGCUUUAGGACCGGUUGAUAAAUAUCGUGUGCGUAAAAAAUUUCCCUUGCCGCGUACUAUUUGGGACGGAGAACAAAAAACUCAUUGUUUCAAAGAACGGACUAGAAGUUUGUUGCGCGAAUGGUAUUUACAGGAUCCUUAUCCUAAUCCUACGAAAAAGAGAGAACUGGCUCAAGCUACCGGUCUCACACCCACUCAAGUUGGUAAUUGGUUUAAAAAUAGGAGGCAAAGAGAUAGAGCUGCAGCGGCUAAAAACAGAAUGCAACAGCAACAACUGGCAGCCCAAUUAGCCCAACAUGGUAACAGCGGCCGUCAACCACCACUCAGCCCCACUCCUUCGGAUAGUGAUUCGGACAUAUCUCUCGGUGCUCAUUCACCCCCAAUAAGUUCUCCGGGUCCGAUUAAAUUCGGCAGAUCCUCACCGAAUCCGAUCACCUCUUUUAGAUUCGGCGCUCAUUCGCCUGGUCCCAUGCCACCGCAAUUUCGUUUUGGAGGUACACAUACACCUCCGGCAUUCUCACCAAACUUCAGAAUCGAAAGACCUAAAGGCAGUAGUUCCACUUCUCCCAUAAAUGUAGAUAGUUCCAGUUAUACAGCGGUUAAUUUGAGAUUAACUUCCAAUGAAAGUCCCAUAGACGUCGAUAGUACUGAUAAGGAGUUAAAAAGUAAUUCGCCUCCACAAACGACUCUUCAACAUUCACCGCCUAUGAAUUUACGUAUCGCUGAUAAUCUUAGAAUGCACAGUAACGAUGGUAAAAUCGAAACACCGUUGCCGUUGAGGCUGAACCACCACCAGCAACCUUUGAGGAUUCAGGUAUCGUCUCCGGGACAAAUAGGUGUACCGUCGCCUCUAACUAAUAUUCAUGGUGGGUAUACUCAUGGAGGGAUUGUAAGGAUCGCGCCUUCGAGUCCAAAUAACAAUAAUAAUAGUAAUGGGCAUGUCUUACACAGGCCCUUUUCGCCUCCUAGGCUAACGUGAUACUCGCAUUUUGAAUGGAAAGUUUGUGAAUAGGUUUAUUUUUACCUCUGAUAUCUUAAUACAGCAAUGAUCCAUUAUGUUUGUAGAUUUUAUGUUCGUGACAUCGGAUUAGAUUUUGAAUACGUAUCUAAUCAAAUCACUGGGCUGUACAGAUAAAAUUUGGAGAAAUACGAAAUUAAAUUAUUGCUCUAGUCAAAAUUAAUAUUUAUCUCGGUAAAAGCUAAAAGCUUGGGAUUUUAUGGUUUCAGUGCAAAGUUGUAAUAAAGAAAAUAAUAAUUCUCAUCAAUCAUAAAAUAAAACCAACAAAAAACCCAGUCUCCUCCCUCUUCUUUUUUACAUUCUCAACAUAAAGAAAGUAGGUAUUUUAUUAAUGUACGUAAGUACUGUACUUAAAAAUGUUUGUUGAAGUUUAGUCCUUCCGAUUCCGAUUGAGGUUAGGUCUAGCUAGACGCUAGUAGUCGACAAGCGCGCGCAAUUGUUGCGCGGUAAAAUUUAAAUUUUUGAUGCGUUCAUUCCCAAACGUUUGCCAUCAUACGAAAUUAUUAUAUUAUAUUACAUUAAUUAAAUAUUGAAGGUAUGUAGUUAGAUAAAAUCUGUAUGAUGACAAAAUAUAUAAAUAAAAUCAUUAUAUUCAAUUAGUGGUCCAUCUAAGCCCUGGAACCAGCUCAGGAGGGGAGGGUCAUGAAAUGUCUUGAGAUUUGACAGAUUUAUUGAGAGUCCUACUGCUUUUGCGAGGAAAUGUUACCUGAUACUCUGAAAUGGGUAAAUUUUGAUUAAAUUCCUCACUUGUGGUUUUGACAUUACUAGUUUCUUUAUGACUCUCGUUUCUGAAGCUUUUGCGUUGAAAUUUGUUCAGUUAAUGCUUUAAAUAAAAAUUAUUUCUUCGCACAAUUCGACCGUUUUCUUUUUCUAUUCGAUAGGAGCAUCCUCAUCUUUGGCUAUGAUUCUAGCCAGACUCCAUAUUUUUCCUUCCUUAUUAGCGGUUGUCCUAUUAUCUGGUAACGUUGUCCCGAGUUUUGUUUGUACCAUUGGGGUGUUCCUUCUAAAAGUGCUGCCUAAAUCAUCGCACUUCCUCAACAUAUUCUUUGACGUUUGAACUGCCGUUUCUACUAGCCUGAUAUAAAAAAAAGAUUUUUUCACAUUCCUAGCUUAGAUAAACAAAAUGACCUCGAAAAAUGUUUACUCUUAAUAAAAAAUUUUCUAGCUCUGACCAAUAAAUAAGACCAACUGACUUUUCAUGACCAAUUUCUGACCUAUCAGAUAGUAUAAUUGGUCAAUCUAAAUUCCACACAUGGGGCGCUAAGAUCGCGGAGCCCCAGAUAUUUCUCACAACCUACGAGAUAAAAUAUUAGGAUAAUAUAACUAUAUUUUUCCAGUUUUAGGACGCUGUAUCUCAUCAAUUAAGCAAUUGAAGGUUCCUACCCCAAAUUUCAUCAGUAAGUAGUCCAGAUUGAGCAAUGUGCUACCUUGUUCGACUCUUUCGAAAGUUGUGGAUAUUUCUGGGUGUUGAAUAUUAUCAUUUAGUUUUUUUGCAUAAUGGCUUUAUAUUCAAUUUCGUUUUUGCCUAAUAAAUCGAAAGACUACAAAAAUAAGCUACGUUCUCUAUCCAUAACUUUCUAUAACUCUGAAUAAACAAUACUCUUGCUUCAUUCAACUUUUUCAAAUGUUGUGAAUAUUCCUUAGAUUGCUUUUUUGUUCUUUUCCAAUUUCCACUCUCUGUUUAAUGAAUCGAAUGUAAAAAAAUGUAAGAUUGUUCAGUUUUCUGUUUGUAAUUGUUUCUUUUCCUUUUUCUUUUCAAUUCAAAAAGAUCCGUCCAAUUCAACGGUGCUGCCAUUGGCACUCUCCACGUAAAUUUCCGUGGCUCUUAGAAACACGAAAUUUUUUAUAUUAUCUCUAAGUCUUACCGCGUGAUCAGAAAUAACCAUCGUCCACGGAUUUUUCCGUGGCUAUCAUUUUAACCUUAUAGACCCGGAAUUUUCUAUAGAAACGGAUUAGAAUGAAGCUUUUUUCCGUGUCUCUAAAUCUUACCUUAUGAUCCAAAAUAACAACCAUCCACGGGAAAAACCGUGGUCUAAUUUUAAUCUUAGAUACACGGAAAUUUCAGAACUAAACUAACCUAACCUAACCUAACCUAACAUAAUCCAACCUAACCUAACCUAGAUUGCUUUUUGUUCUUUUCAAAUUCCCACACUCUGUUUUCUGCUUAAUGAAUCGAAUGUAAAGAAAAUUGCCAGAUUGUCCAGUUCUUUGUUUGUAAUUAUUUCUUUUCCUUUUUCUUUCCAAUCCAAAGAGAUCCGUCCAAUUCAACGGUGCUGCCAAAGUCUUACCUCGUGAUCAGAAAUCACCAACCUCUUCAGAAAAAUCCGUGGCCAUUAUUUUAAGCUUACAGAUCCGGAAAUUUUUAUAGCAACUGAUCAAAAUGAGCUUUUUUUCCGUGUCUCUACAUCUAAUUGUAUUCUUAGAAACACGGAAAUUUUAAAACUAAACUAACCUAACCUUUUUUUUUGGUGUGGGUGGGAAAAUCUUCAAAAAACGCCUGGGAAGAUGUCCCAGGUGUGCUGGAUUCGUUCGCUAACCGGACGCCUACCAGCUAAAAACCCACCCUCUUCUCCACCCACUCAUGUGGAACCGUUCUUAGCGAACAUCGCGUCAUAUAACCUAACCUAACCUAACCCAAAAUAACCUAACCUAAACUAACAUAACCUAACCUAACCUAACACUAUCAGCAAACUUAGAAUAAGAGUUUGAGAAUAAAUUACGAGAUAUACAUAGUACUAGCAUCAAUUCAUUAUUAAUAAGGUUAUUAUUUGUU